GAAGCUAGCGUCUCCACACCCAGCCUCUUCCUACAGUCUCUACCGUACAAGGUCGUCGGCGCCGCUUUAAUCUCGCCGUCGUCGAGAAGGAAGAGAUCGCUGUCAUUCAGUAGAAGUGUUUCUCUAGUCUCGGGGCACAAUGAGAUUGGAGAAAUGCUGGUUUUGCUCUUCGACCAUGUACCCUGGACAUGGAAUUCAGUUUGUUCGUAAUGAUGCUAAGAUUUUUCGAUUUUGUCGAUCUAAAUGCCACAAGAACUUUAAAAUGAAGAGGAAUCCUCGUAAAGUAAAAUGGACCAAGGCAUAUCGUCGAUUGCAUGGAAAGGAUAUGACACAGGAUUCAACCUUCGAGUUUGAGAGAAAGCGGAACAGACCUGAAAGAUAUGAUCGGAAUCUGGCCGAAGAUGUCCUCAAGGCUAUUCCAAAGAUUGAUAAGAUCAGAGUUAGCAGGGAGGAGAGACAUCACAAGAAUAGGAUGAAAGGCAACAAGGCUAAGCUGCUCAAGGAGGCUGCAAGGGAGUUGGAGCAGGGCAUCAAUUUGGUCAAAGCUCCAUCUGUGCUUCUACAGGAUCCUUCUCUUACCUUACCAAAGAUCAAAGUUCAAGUUUCACAACAGCAAGCUGAGGAAAACCGUCCAAUGGAAGAGUGAUUCUGAAAAUACUGAUUUUGUUUUCCUGUGUUCGAUGGCAUUCUCUUAAUUUUGUCUUGUUCGUCUUUGAGGCUUGAAGUAUGAUUCAAAUGUAUCAUUUUUGUUUAUCAUCGCUGCGGAUGAUAUAAUUUUGGUGCAAAUAGUCUUGAUAAUAUCUAGUCGGUUCUCUUGAACAUAAUGUUACUUGAUAUAGUUAACUAUCAUUGAUCUAUGGGUAAAAGUGUAUUCCAAA